GGCAAGGUCAAGUGGUUCAACACCACUCGCGGCUACGGCUUCCUCACACAGGAGGACGGCUCCGACGUUUUUGUUCACCACACCGGCAUUGUUGCCGACGGCUACCGCUCGCUGGCCGACAACGAGCCGGUAGAGUUCGAUAUCGAGCUCCAGCCGAAUGGGAAGCAGGCGCUC